AUGCCUGGAGAGAACAAAACGUCCAGCAGCAGCUCCCUGAAUGAGUUCCUUCUCCGGGCGUUUGCAAACACACGGGAGCUGCAGCUCUUGCACUUCUCGCUCUUCCUGGGCAUCUACCUGGCUGCCCUUCUGGGCAACAGCCUCAUCAUCACAGCUGUAGCCUGUGACCAUCACCUCCACACCCCCAUGUACUUCUUCCUCCUCAACCUCUCCCUCCUCGACCUCGGGUUCAUCUCCACCACUCUCCCCAAAUCCAUGGCCAAUUCCCUGUGGGACACCAGAGUCAUUUCCUACUCAGGAUGUGCUGCUCAGGUCUUUUUCUUCUUUUUCUUAAUUUCAGCAGAGUAUUGUCUCCUCACUGUCAUGGCCUAUGACCGCUUUAUUGCCAUCUGCAAACCACUGCACUACAGCACACUCAUGGGCAGCAGAGCUUGUGUCAAAAUGGCAGUAGCUGCCUGGGCCAGUGGUUUUCUCUAUGCUGUACUUCACACUGCUAACACAUUUUCAAUACCACUCUGCCAAGGCAAUGCCCUGGACCAGUUCUUCUGUGAAGUGCCCCAGAUCCUCAAGCUCUCCUGCCCAGACUACUACCUCAGGGAACUUGGGUUUAUUGUAUUUAGUGCCUGCUUAGUCUUUGGGUGUUUCCUUUUCAUUGUGCUGUCCUACGUGCAGAUCUUCACGGCCGUGCUGAGGAUCCCCUCUGAGCAGGGCCGGCACAAAGCCUUUUCCAUGUGCCUCCCGCACCUGUCUGUGGUCUCUGUGUUUGUCAGCACUAUCAUAUUUGCCUACUUGAACCCCUCCUCCCUCUCCUCCCCAGCUCUGAAUCUGGUGGUGGCUGUUCUGUACUCAGUGGUGCCUCCAGCAGUGAACCCCCUCAUCUACAGCAUGAGGAACAAGGAGCUCAAGGAGGCACUGAGGAAACUGAUUCAGCUGGUACUGUUUCAGCAGGAAUAA